UUUCAUCAUUUAUUGUCGUCAUGUGAUAAGAACGCGGAAAGAGCAAUUCCUCAACAAAAGUGACUCGGAAAUGAAUGUCUGCGAGUAAUCCGAAAGGCCGAGGGUGUCCAUUACUAGAGGGAAAGGCCUGCAUACUUAUGGUGUUGUCCAGUGCAAUAUUAACGUCAGCGAUCAUCCGGAAUGGCAACGACAGACCACGGCGAACUUCUGACGAAGUUCGAGGAAAUCUUCGGGAGUGUGGUCGAGCACGAAGUGAUCAAAAUGGUACUCCAGAACUGCGACUGGAACUCGAGCAGUGCGAACGAUAUGAUAUUGAGCAUGAUCGACCCGGACACGCUACCGCCCCAUAUCAAAUGUGCCGUGACAGCUGAUGCCGUCAUCCGUGGCGGGAACUCGUUGUUGCCUGAUUCACCAACUCCUGGUGGACAUGAAAGGUUUCGGUCGAGGAGUCCUCCUCCUCCCGAUGAGGACCUCCGUCACAGGGACAACGACGGUUCUCAUUCCGCAGGGGAGGAGGAGGAGGAGGAGGAGGAUACUCUGGUGGCUUCUCAGUCGACGGUGGAGUCUCCCACUGGGUCCGAAGGGCUGCCGUCUGACUCGUGUUCAGGUAGGGCCAGCCGUGUCAGUUGUCCAUCUCAGAGGGCGAGUUUUAGUCGAAACAGCGCAUUAACACCAUUCGCCAUGGCGCAAGGUUCCUAUGUAUCGAGUGAUACUCGUUGGAUACCCGGGCCACUUACUACACAAGAGUCCAUACAUGGCAGCAGAGAUGAUGAGGCCGAGGUUGCCAAACUGUUGGGUUUUUCAGGGUCGGAGAGUCUGUCAGAUAGGGAGAGUGACUUCUCCUUGCCCAAUUCGCCGUUUAAACCGUCAGCUCCUCAGCCUGACAGUGCUAACAGUGUGCCCCCUGAGACUGCCAGUUGGGUGUUAGCACCCGAGUUUGUACCUAAUGUCCUACAUCCAAACAGUAGCAACUUGCCGUUGUCGACAAGCUGCUCGCAGCCUUUUGUUGGGUCGCUUGUGCACAGAAUCAACGCCAAAAGAAGUAAAAAGGAUGAAAUCGUUGGCAAAAUACAGGAAGGUGUGAAAAUUGUAGUGUUAAUGAGAGGUCUUCCUGGGAGUGGUAAGUCAUCUUUGGCCAGAGAAAUUAAAGGCUGUUCAGGCGUAGUUCUUUCAACAGAUGACUAUUUUAUUGAUAAAAAGGGAAGAUAUGUAUAUGAACCCAGCAAGAUAUCUGAAGCACACAGUUGGAAUAAAAAUCGGGCUCGAAAGAUGCUGAGGGAAAUGAAGUCGCCUAUUGUAAUUGACAAUACCAAUUUACAAGGUUGGGAAAUGAAACCUUAUGUACAAUUAGCAUUGCAACAUGGAUAUGAAAUUGACAUCCUUGAACCAGACACCCCAUGGAAGUUUGUUGUGAAAGAACUUGCCCGAAAAAAUAACCAUGGUGUUCCAAAAGAGAAAAUAAGAGAAAUGCUGGAAAGAUAUGAAAAAAAUGUAGAAAUAGAGGAUAUAAUUGCAUCUCUAAAUGGAACCACUGUGAAUAAUGAUCUGCGGGAUGAUAAUUCACACAGGAUAAAGGAAAUGAGUCCUCAGAAAAAGACUGAUUGGCCUAAAACCUUGCCUGAUAAUGUUAACUUAGACAUUGAACUACAGAGAAGCGGCAGCCAAAGAAUCACCUUUAAAAAUAAAGGUGGUGAUAAUAGUCAACAUUCUGAUCAGUUGGGAGUAGAAAAUAUAAGAAGAGAUGGAACAGCGCACAAUGGAAUUUCUGAGCAUGCUCUCUCUGAGUUGCAAAAGUAUGGAAAUGGUGAGUCAGAUGUGGAUGAUGCAGAUGUGGUAAUUGAAAGUUGUGAAGGUAUGGAUAGCAGUUUUGGUGAAAUGGCCAAUAAAAUUUCAAAAAUAUGCGAUGAAACACUGGUUGUUUCUGAGAAAGAAACUAGUUCGGAUCACAGAGCGAGAGAGUGCCAGCAUAAAAUGGUUAGGAAUAAUAGUGGUGACAUUUGUAAGAUGUUUGGUGAUUUACCCAUUGAGGGACAAAGUGAUGUAGAUAACCCAGUUCUUAAUGCAGCAACAGAAAAUAUGACAGAUACUCAUGUGAAUGGUGACCAACAGGAUGAAGAGAAAAUAAGAUUGUUAAUAGAAGAAGCAAAUAUGGAUACUGAGGAAUGUACCGAAGAUUGGGAUGAUUUAGUAAAAAAUGUCAAUGACGAAGAAAUUAAUGACGAAAGAUUUAAUGAAUUAGUUCUUGAUCUGGGAACAUCCGUCAGAACUGAAUUAGAUAAGAAAUCCAUGGGGCUGUGUGCCAGUGAUGCUGCUGCAGGAAGGGUUUCUGACAAGGGGGAAUUUGAUGAUGACACUGCAAUGUAUGAACUUUGUAGCAAUAUGGAGGAUCGACUUGGCAGGCCAUUAUCAUCAGUUAUAGCAAGACCAAAAGGAAGUGAUGAACCAUCCAGUUUGUUUAGUAUUAUCAAUGUAGAUAAUUCACCAUUAGAUGUUGAUAAUGAUAAAAGGAAUAGCAUUGAUGAAAUAUCUGUGGUGAGUGAAUCACUGACCACAGGAAGUUUUGAGGUGUUAAGUGAUAACAAUGAUAAUGUUAUCAGUAAAUGUGGUGAUAAAUCUUUUAUUCAGUCAGUCAUGAGUGAAAACUUUGAUAGCUGUAAUAGUCAAGUGACACAAGAAGGUGACAGCUCAAAGAUUAAUACAAGUGGUAUGGCAGAGGAAGAGUUUGAUGUGUCAAGUCUUUUAGAAGGUACAGAAAACCUUUGUCCAGUAACUGCAAAUGCAAAAUUUAUCCCAGAAGAUCCAAAGAAGUUAUUAACCCUUGGUUCUAGUAACUUAAUUAGUAAGGAUGGGUCUGCAGAUCAAUGUUCUAGCAGCUUAGCUUUAACGUCAUGGGACUGUGUGGACUUGAUUGAGGGUGAAACUGUGACAAGUUGGGAACAGAAGAAAGAAAAUGGAUGUGAGGGUGAUCUAACAUUGCCCAAACCUACAAGAGAUUGCAAGAGACCAUCGGGUGACCCCCAGAAAUGGAUGGGGGCUGAUCAGGAAGAUAGUUCUGCUGAAGAUCAAGAUUCAUGUUCAUGGGAGCCUAUUCCAGAUGGUGCUGUUGCCUCCUGGGAAGAUGCAAGCACUGUGAAUGGUGCCAGUGUUGUAAGGAAAUUGCAAUCACAUACAGGAGCAGUACCAAAAGUUAGGAAGCAGGAAUUGAAGCAGAUUUCUUCAGUUACAAGUUCGAGAUCAAGCAACAGCCCUAGUCCUAAGCUUGGCGAAAGUCAUAAGUAUGUGUCUCCUGUUGUGUCCAAAUUGUCAUAUACAAAUAUAACUAGUGAUAAGAAUGUGAUUCCUGUCAAGCAAACGGAGGAAAAUGAAACGCAGACUCUCUCAAUUGAUUUUCAAGCUUUGGAAAUGGAUAAUAAUCUGUAUGAACUUAAGAUUCUUUAUGGGCAACCGGAUUACAUUCCUGUGGAUGUCACUGAAACAAUGCCUCUUGAUAAUGGGCCCCUGACUCGAGGAAAAUUGUCUUUAGAUAAAGGCACCAUGACGGAAAGUUCAAACGAUGUUACAGUAGCAAAACCUUUGAGAAAUCUAAUUGCUUUUUUCCCAAAGAUCCCAGAACCAGAAUUAAGAGAUGUAUUAGAGAAGUGUAACUUUGACUUGGAUUGGGCAAUGAACGUUCUCCUUGACGGUGGAUAUGAAAUGGCAGAUUCCAUAGAUGUCUGUAGUCAGGAAAGCUCAGAAGAAUUCGAUGAUGUAGAAAUUGCAGUAGACACUGUUAAUGCUAGUAGUAAUGUCAGCGAAAUAUUAAUGGAUGUGGACACCCAAGAAGAACCUGUGGAUUUGCCAUCAUCAGAGGAGAAGAACAGGAGAUUGAGGCAGAGCCAGACUACAGAAAGUCUUGCAUCUAAAAAGGAAAUAGAGAAUUCCUUCAUGUUUCCAGAAUCUGUAGAUGACAGAGUGACAAGAUUAACAGGAAAAGACUUUGAAAAACUAAAUGUACACAAAGUAAAACAGAAGAAAUCCAAAAAGAAACACAGCAAGAAGAAAAGCACAGAAGCAAAUAGAGAGAGCAUCAACUGGGAGGAAGGUGAAGGAGCUCAGUUUGUAACAUUGGUGAUGGAUCCUUUAUUUGCUUCUCAGUUGAUGAGCAUGUUUGGACCCAUUGGGUCAUGUGGGAUGAGUGGAGAUAUGGCACCAGAAGAUAGAAGUGUUAUUUUACCUUUGGAGUUUUGCCGUCAGAUACAUAAAUACUGGACUAAAACAUUGGAUGGUAAGUUCAAACAUGAAGGUGAAGUCUUGGACAGCCUAAUCAGGGAGGACGAGAACUACGCCCGGCGCCUACAAGAAGAGGAGAAUCGGGCAAGUGAGAAUAGCAGGUAUAAUGAAAAUUCAACUUCUAUGGAUAAUUCAGAUAAGGUUUUCCUGUUAGAUCCCCCUAAAAAUUUACAAGAAAUAAUGGACCUUGAGCAAGCUCUGUGGGAGAGCCAGAAUGAUAAAAACAAUGGCAAUGGCUCUUCCCUUUCAUCCCAACUCAGCCUACAGCGACUGCAAGCAGAUUAUCCUCAUGUGGACCCAGAAGCUGUGAAGCAAGAGUUUACUGAAAGUGGCUGCAAUUACCAGGAAUCUGUGAAAAGAAUUUCCAGUCGUUAUGGCACCGAACCAGGAGUUCCCAAAACUGUUGUGUCGCCUGAAUAUGUUGUUCAGUAUGAACAGCAGAUUCUUCGAGCAAAGGAACUGAGUGCAUCCCAGCAAGAGCCUGAAGAAGAAGAAGAAGAAGAAGGAGAGUAUCUGCACGAUGAGGAAAUCCAACCUGAUGAUCCACAGAUGUAUCGUGAUGAGGCACAGUUGCAUUACAGUCAGAGGCAAGAAUUUUACCGAAAAGCCCAGGAAGCAUACCAAAAAGGGAUGAAGAAUGUGGCAGCAUAUUAUGCUGCUCUAGGGAAGUUGCACGCGGAGAAGCUGAACGAAGCCAAUAAACGAGCAUCCUAUAAAAUUCUUGAGGCUGUUAAUUCGAAGAACAAGAAAGAUGCAAAUGUGUUAGAUCUUCAUCUCCUACAUGUACCUGAAGCCUUGAAUGCCACAAAGGCCUUCCUCUUGGAGCGAGAACAACUCCUAAUGGCCAGAAAUAUCAACCAGUUGCAGGUGUCUUUGAUUACUGGGCGAGGGGCUCACAGCGUAGGUGGUCAGGCUAAGUUAAAGCCAGCAAUAAGGGAUUACCUUCAGCAAAAAGGGUAUACUUUUCAUGAGGGGAACAGUGGGAUGUUUGUAGUAACAAUACAAAGGUAGAGCAAGAACACCAUUUAAGGUCUUUGGGAGAUGGUUAACAAAGUACAAUCUCCUUAAAGUUUUAGCAAUAGAAAAAGUUCAAUAAUAUAUAAAUUCAUGAAAGUUUUAAAUUUGUUAAAGAUUGAAAUUUCACUUGCGGGCAUAGAUGUUCGGAUUGAAAUGGUUAGAUUCUUUUAAUCUAAGUGUUGAGCCUGCCGUCUUUUACACGAUUGCACAUAGUACUUUUAUACAGGAACAUGGAAGUGUUCUGAAAUAGUUCUUUGACAUGUCAUGGAUUUUUUUAAUAUAUUGCAAUGUAGUACUGUAUAGCGUACUUUCAUUCACAAAGCUAUUAUCACUGCAUACUGUACAAGAGCUGUACUGUUAGGUACAAUGGACUUUCAAAGAAGUCAACUGCCGAAAAGUACAACAUGAAAAAUGAAUUUCUGCAAUAUUACACUUGUGUAGUUUUUUCUUUCACAAAUGUGACCUUGGAUCACCUUUUGAGUAUUUCUUGACAGGGGUACGACAAUGAUGAUUUUAGAAGGCAAAGUGGAGUGGGUGAAUUGUGCUUGCCUGAAGACUGUUUGUUUUAUGUUGCUUUAUUUAAGUUGAUUUGUCCAUGUCGAAGAGCCUUGUACGUAGGUUGUGAAAGCCUUUAUGUUUUGCAUUAAAAUUGUAAGUAUUAUUCAGUGCUCAAAAAUAUGAAGAGAUCUCUGGUGCUAUGUUUUAUGUUAAUGCGUAAGAUGUAGUUACGUUCGUAAAAGCUUUCUAGGUAAAUUGUAAAUUGAAACUACUUUUAAUCGCAUAUUAGAUCCUAUUGGCUGAUUGCAAAUGAAAUCUUGAGUAUCCUACUUUUUUUUAAAUGUUUGUAAUCUGUCCUUGUUACAACUGAUUUGUUGUACAAUAGAAUUGGUAUUUUUAUAUGUGGUUAUUACCAUUUUGAAGUUUUUCAAAUAAUGUUUGUUUAUACCUAGAUUGUACAGUGAUAGUUUUAUGAGAAAUAUAUUUUGUCUUAGUUAA